CCUCCCUCCUCACGAGCUCAUCAACAGGUGCUUCUCACGCGGACCGAUCGAUCCAUUGAUCGAUACGCUGCCGAUUGGAACUUAAUCCACGUCUCUCUUCUACGUCAUAGCGCACAGAGAGGCCCCUCGUUGUUCACACCGUGUCUCCCCGGUGCCGACAGGCGGUGGCAGGGUGGAGGAGGAGCGGGCUGACGGAGAGCCAUGUUGUCCCUGAGCUGCGCCGUGGGUCCGGAGGAGGUGGAGGUGGUGGAGGCCAACCUGGACGACAGCCUCACGAGCCUGCAGUGGCUGCAGGAGUUCUCCAUCCUCGGUGCCAGCGCGCCCCCGCGCGCGCCCCCGGGCGCACACCUUCACGGGCACCACGCGCCGCCGGGCUCCCCCCUGGCCGCGGACCCUGCCUCCUUCGGCACGCCCCUGACUCCCGGGAAGCCCACGGCGGCGGCCUACAGCCGAAUGCAGGCUCUCCCGGGCAUCGUGGCGCACGGGCACUGCCCCGACGACGUGGACUACAAAACGAACGCGCGCAUCAAGCCGCCGUACUCGUACGCGACGCUGAUCUGCAUGGCGAUGCAGGCCAGCAAGAAGACCAAGAUCACCCUGGCCUGCAUCUACAAGUGGAUCACCGACAACUUCUGCUACUACCGGCACGCCGACCCCACCUGGCAGAACUCCAUCCGACACAACCUGUCGCUCAACAAGUGCUUCAUCAAGGUGCCGCGGCAGAAGGACGAGCCGGGGAAGGGCGGCUUCUGGAAGAUCGACCCGCAGUACGCCGAGCGCUUGCUAAGCGGCGCCUACAAGAAGAAGCGGAUGCCGCCGGUCCAGAUCAACCCGGCACUGCAGAGCCGGCUCCGGAACGACCCCCAGGGGGCCCAGUCAAGAGGCCCCUGGGGCUCCGCAGGAGGGCCUCGCGGCCUGAGCGUCGCCCCCGAGGCCCACAGGCUCCUCCGCGAGUUUGAGGAGGCGACCGGCGCAGACCAGAACUGGGACCCCCACCUCGCCGAGGGCACCAUGCUGGGUUCCUGGCCCGUGGUGCGAGGGAGAGGGGGCCACAAGAGGAAACCAGGCUCCAGGACCGGCGGUGCCAAGAACCCCCGGCGCUGCAGCUCGCCGCUGCUCCCCCCGGACGAGCAGAAGGAGAUCGGGCCCCUGAAGGGGGACUUUGACUGGGACGCCCUGCUGGACUCGGCCCUCAACGGGGAGCUCAGUCUGGACGAAGGAGAACCUCUAAGCCCCAUCCUGAAGGAAGAGGACCUGAGCGUGCGGGGGACCCAGAUCCCUCCCGCGGGGACAUCGGAGGUCCACGUGCUGGUGGAGACCCAGAGGAACACCGACGGGUCGGAUUUUGACCAGGAGACCUUCCUCGCCACCGCCUUCCUGGAGACCCCCUGGCCCGAGGAGGAGGAGGGGGAGGAGGAGGAGGAGCAGGGCCGCAGCGACUUCCUCUGCAGCUCCUCCGUCAGCUUGGACCAGCUGUUUGACCUCGGAGACUCGUUGGGUGGAGACCCGAGCACCCGGAUCGACACCCUCCUCUGAGGAGCAGCUGGUCCUCUUUCUGAAACAAGGAAUAUCAGACUCUCUUUUUUUUAACACUCGAAAAACCCAGAUUGACUUUUUCAAGAUGUGUAAAAUAUUAGAGUUCCUUUUGGGUGUAGAUUCAUGGAGGUCAUUUCCAGAGUCUUUGUUUGCAGAAGCUCAGCGAGGUCUUCAUCUGUGGUCAGUUAAUAAUCUCUGUGCACACAGGCGUUAAUGAUAGUAGUCAAACAGACCAUAAAGCAGCAGACGCCUUAGGGCGGGGCUACAAGGUGAUUGACAGGUCUCCAGCCGAGACGUAUACGCCGUCUAUGCAUCCUGCUCAUAUGAGGUCACUUCCUCUUCUCUGGUUGAAGAAGCAAUGAUGGCCCUGAUUCCUUAAGUCGUCCUUAAACCCACUUCUUAUCAACAGGAAACUCCACCAAGGUCCCUCAGACUCUUUUUAAAGGCACGUUAACGUUUCUAAAUUCACCACAGGGGCUUUUUUUGUCGUAGAACUAAACGCUUCCAUAUCUUCAGCUUGUGUUUAAGACCCGAUCUUGACUUCUAGGAAGGGAAAAUGAGUUGGUUGAUCAAUGUUGAAGGUUUGGGUUUUUAGGGCUAAUGAUCCAUUGCACCGAGCUGUAAUAAGACUUUGACGUGGUCCCAGUGGUGAAAUGUGGUACUACAACAAACCCCUGCAGCCCAGAAAGACCACUUUUAUAAAAUGUAUGUUUUGUCUGGUGAAACAUUGGAACGGUUCGACAGCUUCUUGUUGCUUCAUCAAACAUAAAUGAAGCGUGUGAUACUUUAGGAGGACACGUCCCGGCCUGCAGAUGUGUUCACUGCAAUGACAAACAACACAUUCGCCGAAUGCUUGGUUUCGGAGUGACGUAUCGUAUUUGUGGUUGUGUGCAUCCUAACAUAAAUAAAUUAGAUUUCUAAUGAUCAUACGGGAACAGUUGCUUUCUGGAGGAAAUGGAACAGAUUUGAGUUAUUCUUCAGUUAGUUAAGUAGCAGACAAGUAGUUAAAAACGACUCGAGGCUAAAUUAUCCAACAAGGAGCUACGAAGACCUUUGAAAGGUCUCGUUUAAGACCCUCGUAAAUGAGCAGCCGACCUUCUGUGUGCCAAGAACAACAUUCCUUUUUUUACCUCAAAGACAAAAUGUCCCUUUUUCUGCGUUUAUUUUUUUUUUCUAAACAAAAGAUCUGAAUUCUUUGGAGUCACUAAACCGGAGCUUUACCUUCACUGUCCUCCUCUAGAAUGUGUGAAAGUGCAAUCAAGGAACAGCGAUGAGUUCCCCGGGUUUGUGUUUGUGCGUCUCUGUGACCUCACGCACACAAUGUCACGCUCACUCUUUCUUUUUGGUUUGUUUUACAC